UAAAUGAGCAUAAUUAUCAAAAUUCAUAGGCAUUAUGUUUCAAAUGCAGGUUUUACCUAAAACAAUCAUGUAUAGAAAAAUUGGUGCGGCUAUUGGUAUUGACCUUGGAACAACAUAUUCUUGUGUGGGUGUUUGGCAAAAUGACCAAGUUGAGAUCAUAUCCAAUGAUCAAGGAAAUAGGACUAUGCCAUCUUGUGUUGCUUUCACGAAUGGCGGACGUCUAAUAGGUGAAGGUGCAAAGAACCAAAUUACUAUGAACCCCGCCAACACCAUUUAUGAUGCAAAAAGAUUGAUUGGAAGGAGAUUCAAUGAUACCAAACUUCAGCAAGACAUCAAGUUAUGGCCUUUCAAAAUCAUAAAAGGUACUAACGACAUUCCGAUGAUUGUAGUUUCACACAAUGGUGAAGAGAAGGAGUUUUCCGCAGAGGAGAUUUCAUCCAUGGUUCUUAUUAAAUUGAAAGAAGCUGCAGAGAAAUUCCUUGGUAAAACUGUACGUGACGCAGUCAUCACGGUACCAGCUUAUUUUGAUGAUUCUCAACGCCAAGCAACAAAGGAUGCUGGUCAUGUUGCUGGACUUAAUGUUCUACAGAUAAUCAAUGAGCCAACCUCAGCAGCAAUUGCAUAUGGAUUAGACAUGAAAAAUGAUAUAGUUCGUGACAUAAAUGUGCUCAUCUUUGAUUUAGGUGGUGGUACAUUUGAUGUCUCUCUUGUCACCAUUGAUAAGAAGGGUACGAUAACAGUUAAGGCUGUUGCUGGUGACACUCACUUAGGUGGCCAGGACUUCGAUAACGCAAUGGUUGACUAUUUUGUGGAACAAUUCAAGAGAAAGCACAAGGCAGACAUCAGUGUGAAUAAAAAAGCACUAUCUCGGUUGAGGGAAGCUUGUGAAAAAGCAAAAAGAGUUCUCUCUUCAAUUAUUGAUACUACUAUCGAUAUUGACAACUUGCAUGAUGGUGUUGAUUUUUCUAUGAGAAUAUCUCGUGCAAAGUUUGAAAAGCUUAAUGAAGAUUUCUUUAGUAAUUGUAUAAAGAUGGUGGAGACGUGUUUGGGUGACGCAGAAAUGAAUAAAAAACAGAUAGAUGAGGUAGUAUUAGUUGGUGGGUCAACCAGGAUACCCAAGGUACAACAAUUAUUGAAAGACUUCUUCCAAGGAAAAGAGCUUUCUAAGAAGAUCCAUGUUGAUGAGGCAGUUGCAUAUGGUGCAACAGUUCUUGCUGCAAAAUUAACUGGCUAUACCGGUAAAAGAGUUAGCAACUUAGUGUUGAUAGAUGUUGUGCCUUUGUCACUUGGUAUAGAAAUUUAUGGUGGCUCUUUGUCUGUUUUAAUUAAAAGAAAUUCCCCAAUACCAGCCAAGAAGGAAGAAAUUUAUGUUAAUGCUAAGGAUUACCAAGAUACGUUACCUUUCAAUGUCUAUCAGGGUGAGAGAAGUAUGGCAAAAGACAAUAAUUGGCUGGGAAAAUUCGAUGUUGCAGUCCCACCUCUACUAAAGGGUUUGUCAAAGGUAAAAGUGAUCUUUGACAUUGAUGCUAAUGGCAUUUUAAAUUGCUCGGGAGUGGAAUUAACAACUGGCCUAAAAAAAGGGAUUAUAGUUACCAAUUACAAGGAGAGACUUUCAACACGAAAUAUUGAAAAAAUGUUAGAUGAUGCUCACAAGUACAAAUUACAAGACGAGGAGUACAAGAAGAAGGUUUUUGUACGUAAUGCAUUGGAGGACUACAUUUACGAUGUGAAAAGCAAAAUCAAGAAAAUAGGAAACACUACCAAGAUGUUUACUAAGAAAGAACUAGAAAUAAUGGAAUCUGCCAUAGAAAAAGCAAGCGAAAUUCUUAAUGAAAGCCAGCUUGCGGGUUUUGAUGAGUAUCAAAAGGCGCUAAAUCAGUUGGAAAAGGUAUGCCUGCCAAUCAUUGCCCAACAUGUUUAAACAACAUUUUCUUAAUUGUGAUGGAGAUUUAGUUGGAGUGUCAUCUACUAUAAAGUAUGUUCUAUAAUUUGUAUUUUUCAAUAAAAGUUUACAUUUCACUGUUGGAUUGAUUUUGUUUGUGAGUGAAGAAUCAAAUGAUGUUGAUAAUAUUUCUACUAUAUACAGUCAAUAAAUAUAUUUCUCCUUUUUCAAGUGUAUC